CCCCAGCUCGGUGCCUCCUCCUCCUGGCUUAUUAUCGCCGCCUGCUCCCUGCACAAGCAUUUCACAGCACGGCGGCCGGGGGGACGAACAUGACACACGUUUGAUUCCAUACAAGAAAGACGAGGGAGAAAAAGACGUGGAUUUACGCGCAACUUGGAUUUCCCACACACGCGGCAACUUUUGCUGUUGUUAUGAUGAACGCGUAAACUGCUGCUUCAUUUGGAGACAAGAAGCGAAGAGAUCUCAAGCAGUCUUGAGAACGUCCACAAUCCCCAAAACCCAUCAGCAUGACGUCUGCCGAGGAGUCGUCUGGCACAGUCUUGCACAGACUCAUCCAAGAGCAACUUCGCUACGGAAACCCCACAGACACCCGCACCUUACUAGCCAUCCAGGAGCAGGCCCUGCGUGGGGGCAGUGGGAGCAACAGUGGUCCGAGCAGCGGGGGUGAUUUGGGCAGGAGCCCCAGGUCGUCUCUAGAGAGUCUCACCCAGGAGGAGUCUUCUUUCCCCCAGCUUUCUGCGAGGCAGGAGCCCCAGGGCCAGGAGCACCAGGGUGACUACCACCACUCGGAAAGCGGCUACCAACUGUACCAGCUCCACGGCGAGGAGCUUCCCACCUACGAACAGGCCAAGGCACACUCUCAGUAUCUGGCGUCUCACUGGGCACCUCCAAGCCCAAACAGGCUGCCCCAUGAGGGAAUGCUCUCACUUGAUGGGGCUUUCCACGAGGAGGUGGAUGAGAUAGACCGUAAAUGCGCCCAUGCACGCUCACUCAGUGAGCAUCGCUUGCAAAUAUCACUGGAGAGAAGCGAUGCGGUCGUCAAGGCGGAGGCCAUCAAAAGCACCUCUCACAGCUACCCUGAGCUAGCUUACUACACCCAUCAGGGCCCCCAGACCACACGGCAAAGCCAAGAGAAACGCAACCCGCCGCCUGAGUACUCGGCCCCCAUCCAAGGACAAGGAUUUAUCCCCCACCAUGCUCAGGAGCCAGCGCAGGCCCAACAGCACAGGUACAUCCAGUCUGGACCGCCGACUGACGUGUCCUGCUACAACACAUUCCCCAGCCUGCCCCCUGCUGGUUUGGAGGAACCCAACCAAGUAGAACUGCUGCUGAUGGAGAACGAGAGGCUGAGGCAGGAGCUAGAAGUUCAGCGUGAGAAGACUGGUCGCAUUCAGAAGUUGGAGCAGGAAAUCCAGCGCAUUUCUGAGGCCUACGAGAAACUGAUGCAGGGCAGCAGCAAGAGAGAGAACCUGGAGCAGACCCUCAGGAGGAGGCUGGUGGCCGAGAUCCGCCGUCUGCAGGAUUUCAACAGAGACCUUAAGGAGAACUUGGAAAAUGCCCGAACGCACGCGGCGAAAGAAGUGCAGGUGGCUGACCACAACCAGCACAUCAUGGCUAAACUGCUGGAGCAAAAUGAGGAGCAGAAUGCGGAGCGGGAGCGCAUUGAGCGGGAAGUGGAGCGCCUGAAGACCACGGCGGAUGAGCAGAGCCUUCGCGCAAAGAGACUGGAGGAGGCUCUGGAGGCGGCACGAGUACGCGGCCGUCAGAUGGAGGAGGAGUUGAGGAGGAAGAGGGCCUACGUGGAGAAGGUGGAGAGGCUCCAGAGCGCAUUGGCUCAGCUGCAGUCCACCUGCGAGAAGCGUGAGAGCCUGGAGAUGAAGCUGAGAACACGGCUGGAGCAGGAGCUCAGGAGUUUGAGGGCGCAGCAGGUAUGUCAGGAGCAGAACAAUAGUCGCAAAAGUCGGAGUCCAUCACCGUCUUUGUCCUUCCUUCAGCGACAGUCCCAACCUCCUGGAGUCACCAUUGGCUCCCUGCAGGAGCGCCUCCGCGAGCGCGAGGAACGCAUCCUGGCGCUUGAGGCCGACAUGGUGCGCUGGGAGCAGAAGUACCUGGAGGAAAGCACAAUGAGGCAGUUUGCCAUGGAGGUGGCAGCCACAGCAGCCGCCCAGAGAGACACCACCAUCAUCAACCACUCGCCCUGCCACUCCUCUAACAACAGUUUCAAUGAGGACUUGCCAGUUGCAGACUUUCGGAAUCAGGAAAUGGAGAACAGGAUCCGCGCCCUGUAUGCCCAAAUUUUGGAAAAGGACGCCGUGAUCAAGAUCCUCACUCAGCGGCUCCACCAAGACCAGGGGCGGAAGGAUAAGCAGAGACCCCGCACGAACCUAUUGAGCGCGGCGGGGGCGCCUCUGCGACUGGCCUCCUCCACACCCUCCAUUUUUACCGACAAGAGCGGCACCAAGAGUCGAGGCAAGAGCCUUUCCGACGAUCAGACGUUGCCGAGCCAUCAGUUUUCCGCUCACACCGAACCUGGAACGCUGGAGCGUCAGGCAGAGGGAACUCAAAGCACGGAGGCCUCUGGCGUAAAUAAGCUCAACAGCGACAAGCCAACGCCAAAGAAGUUGCUAUUGAACCCCUUCCGAGGCCUUGAAGAGUUGGAGUCAGAAGCAGUGGAGAUAUUUAUUUAACAAACAAGAACUGAAAGGCAGAUAAAGAAUUCCCAAAAUGUGUGAAAGGUAUUGGAUAUAAGAGGCCAGAAUGUAGUGAGGCGGGACAUAUAUACACACACAAAUGCAAUGUGUGUGUGUGUGUUUUUUAGAGAAAGAGCUGAGCUCAGACUCACUUACUUAAAGCUGGCGCGCUGCAGGCAGUCAGCCCAGCUUGAAACAAGUGGACUCUUCCCAGGUACUUGGACAGUAUUUUGGAUGUGACGUAUUUAUAAGACAUACUGUAUAAAUCCAUAUAAUUGCUGCUUCCCCUUUUCUUUAUGACCAUUCUAUGUCCUAGUGAAUUACAAAGCUGCAUAUUUAUCUUAUGGUGGAUUUCACAUAAGCCCAAAUAUUAACUUAAGCCUUGUGGAGAUCCUGUCAAUAUUCACCCCCUCUACCUUUCCAACAAAAUGUGGAUGUUAACCUGAGUAACCUCAUUUCCAGCGUGUUUGGAAUACGUCCCGUUGCUCACUAAUUUAUAACACAUGCAAACACUGUUGAAUGACGUGAUCUUCAUGGCCUGGCAGCUGGCUCUGCAGAGGCCUGGAGGCACGUGAGCAGAUGACUUUUAUUGUACAAAUGACUGGUUUCUUUUCGCCAAACUGACACGGACCUGAUGUCUGUACAGACGUAGGGGGAGAGGUGUUUCAUCAUGGUUGAUUUCAUCAUAUUCUGCUGUUCCGUAGAUGAUCGGUGUGUGUAUGCAUGUGUGGUUAAGAGUGUGUUCUCCUCCAAUGGCCUUUCUGCUGGUCCAGAAGCCUUUUGCGGGGUUUAAAGACGACACAAUUUGUUUUUUUUGUUUUUGUUUACUGUGAGCUUUGAACUAACAAACAGGUUAAAUAUUAUUAUUAUUAUUAUUAUUAUUGUUAUUAAAUGUAUUUUUUAUUCAGAGAUAUGUAUUACUAUUGUAGAUAAUAUAGUGCUUUGAGCAGGAUGCCAAAGAGUUUAUCGUAUGUUUUGUUGUAAGUUAUGUGCCGACAAUCACGGUCAAGUCAAGCUGUACACAACCAACCGACUUCCGAGAGUCAUUUCUGUGAACUUCCAACAGUAUGAAGGUUUUUUUUUACCGUUGAAUUUCACUCGACAUUUCAUACAGCAAUAAA